AACCCAAAAAAAAAAAGCCUCUUACUCAUCAAGGAAAAAAUACAAAAAAUCAUUUGCAUGAAAACCAUGGCCGCCGCCGGCCGCCGUCCUGUGUUCUUCUUCAUCGCCAUCCUCAUCCCCCACUUACUUUCAUCACACCUCGUCAACGGAGACGCCGCUCUCAAGCAAACCACCUGCGCCAAGACAAAGCUGCCGGCCGCCUGCGCCGCGUGCUUCGACUCGACGCCGGGAACCGACGGCCAGGAUUUAAAAGGCCUGGCCGCGUCGACCGUCAGCUGCGCGCUGGCGAAAUCGGCGGCCGCGGAACGGCUCCUCUCCAGCUACGUCGGCAACGUGACCGUGGCUGCGCCGGAGCGUGACCCCCACGCGACCUGCGAAAAGAAGCUCGGCUCGGCGACCGGCAAGGUGACCGCCGCGUUGCGGCUCUGCAGGGCCGGGAGCUACGUGGGGUCACGGGAUCUGCUGGAAUCCGCCGCGCGUGACGGAGCUGACUGUCGGGAAGUUUGGGUCGGCGGCGGGGAGGUGCUGCCGCCGGCGGGGUUUUUGAGUGGUUUGAGGGAUUUCGAUGUUUAUGCCGAUGUGGCUAGUGGUACGGUUGCGCAAUUGAUCCUGCCAAAACUCGGGAGUCCAAGCGAGCCACAUUAUAUUAGAGUGAAUUUAUGAAUAAAAGUGUUUUUUUGGAUGAACCUAAUAAUAUUGAUAAUUUAUAAAUGUUAUUAGUCUUCAAUCUUUAUAGAGAUAUUUGUACGAACAAUUUCGAUAGUGUGACAAUAUAGAUGCUCGGAGAAGUAAAGUAUAAAUAUGAUCGUAAAUCAAUAGAUAUACAUGGACUGGUAGGUACUCGAUGAAUUGGGUCGUGUUUGCUCUUUUACACCUAAUAGAUAUUUUAUCGAGUUUUUUAAUGAUUGCACCUGCUGAAUAGGGGUGGUAAACAACCGAUAACCGAAUCGAUAAAGGCCGUUAGUGGUUAGCCAAUAAUCGGUAAUUUUUUAU